UCGCGAAAGCUCGCGGUCGCUCCGAGGCGCGCGCAGGCGGUCGUCGCUCGCUCCGUUUACCUACCUGAGGGACCCGCGGCCGCCCCCGGCCGACGCCGCAGCCCUCCGGGAGCCCAGCCCCGAGGUGUGAGAUAUUUCAGUCAAAAGAAGAAAUAACUCUUCUCCUAAGAUGGAAUCUGUUGUUUGGGAAUGUGGUUGAUCGACAUGAUAUGUUGGCCGAAUGUGCCCUAUGUAAUAAAAUGAAAAGAAGAGACAAGAUGAUGUCACUUUGCCAUAUUGUGAAACCAAAAACAAAUGCCUUUUGUGAGACCAAGCUAACAAGCCUCUGACGGUGCAAAGAGUAUUUAACUGUUUGAAGAACUUAACAGUAAGAUAGAAGAACUACUUUCAAGCUGAGACCUGCAGGUGUAUAAAGAUCUGAAAUACCUACUGAGUAGGCCUGAUCAUCCGAAUCUCAUUCGAUCCAGGAAGCAUGGCUAUGAGUUGGAUCGUCUUCUAUCUGUGGCCCUUGACUAUGUUUGUGGCGCAUAUAGAUGGGCACAGUCUGUUUUCUUGUGAACCUAUUACCUUGAGGAUGUGCCAAGAUUUGCCUUAUAAUACUACCUUCAUGCCUAAUCUUUUGAAUCAUUAUGACCAACAGACAGCGGCUUUAGCAAUGGAGCCAUUCCAUCCCAUGGUGAAUCUGGAUUGUUCUCGGGAUUUCCGGCCAUUUCUUUGUGCACUCUAUGCUCCGAUUUGUAUGGAAUAUGGACGUGUCACACUUCCCUGCCGUAGGCUGUGUCAGCGGGCUUACAGCGAGUGUUCAAAGCUCAUGGAGAUGUUUGGUGUUCCUUGGCCUGAAGAUAUGGAAUGCAGUAGGUUCCCAGAUUGUGAUGAGCCGUACCCUCGACUUGUGGAUCUGAAUUUAGCUGGAGAUCCUACCGAAGGAGCCCCAGUGGCUGUGCAGAGGGACUAUGGUUUUUGGUGUCCUCGAGAGUUGAAAAUUGAUCCUGAUCUUGGUUAUUCCUUUUUGCACGUACGUGAUUGUUCACCUCCUUGUCCGAAUAUGUACUUCAGGAGAGAAGAACUUUCAUUUGCUCGAUAUUUCAUAGGAUUGAUUUCAAUCAUUUGCCUCUCUGCGACGUUGUUUACCUUUUUAACUUUUUUGAUUGAUGUCACGAGAUUCCGCUAUCCUGAAAGACCUAUUAUAUUUUAUGCAGUAUGCUACAUGAUGGUAUCAUUAAUAUUCUUCAUUGGGUUUUUGCUUGAGGACCGAGUAGCCUGCAAUGCAUCUAGCCCUGCACAGUAUAAGGCUUCCACAGUGACACAAGGAUCUCACAAUAAAGCAUGUACCAUGCUUUUUAUGGUACUCUAUUUUUUUACUAUGGCUGGCAGCGUUUGGUGGGUAAUUCUUACCAUCACAUGGUUCUUGGCAGCUGUGCCCAAGUGGGGUAGUGAAGCUAUUGAGAAGAAAGCGCUGCUAUUUCACGCCAGUGCAUGGGGCAUCCCUGGAACUCUAACUAUCAUCCUUUUAGCCAUGAAUAAAAUUGAAGGUGACAAUAUCAGUGGCGUGUGUUUUGUUGGCCUCUACGAUGUUGACGCCUUGAGGUAUUUUGUUCUUGCACCCCUCUGCCUGUAUGUGGUAGUUGGGGUUUCACUCCUCUUAGCUGGCAUUAUAUCCCUAAACAGAGUUCGAAUUGAGAUUCCAUUAGAAAAGGAGAACCAAGAUAAAUUGGUGAAGUUUAUGAUCCGGAUUGGCGUUUUCAGCAUUCUUUAUCUCGUACCACUCUUGGUUGUAAUUGGAUGCUACUUUUAUGAGCAAGCGUACCGUGGCAUCUGGGAAACAACAUGGAUACAAGAACGCUGCAGAGAAUAUCACAUUCCAUGUCCAUAUCAGGUUACUCAAAUGAGUCGUCCAGACCUGAUUCUCUUUCUGAUGAAGUACCUGAUGGCUCUCAUAGUUGGUAUUCCUUCCAUUUUUUGGGUUGGAAGCAAGAAGACAUGCUUCGAAUGGGCCAGUUUUUUUCAUGGUCGUAGGAAAAAAGAGAUAGUGAAUGAGAGCCGACAGGUACUUCAGGAACCUGAUUUUGCUCAGUCCCUCCUGAGGGAUCCAAAUACUCCUAUUAUAAGAAAAUCAAGAGGAACUUCCACUCAAGGAACAUCCACUCAUGCUUCUUCAACGCAACUGGCUACGGUGGAUGAUCAGAGAAGCAAAGCAGGGAGUGUCCACAGCAAAGUGAGCAGCUACCACGGCAGCCUCCACAGGUCCCGUGAUGGCAGGUAUACUCCCUGCAGUUACAGAGGAAUGGAGGAGAGACUACCUCAUGGCAGCAUGUCACGGCUAACAGACCACUCCAGGCACAGUAGUUCUCAUCGGCUCAAUGAACAGUCACGACACAGCAGCGUCCGAGAUCUCAGUAACAACCCUAUGACCCACAUCACACAUGGCACCAGUAUGAAUCGGGUUAUUGAAGAAGAUGGAACCAGUGCUUAAACUGUCCUGUCUAAGGUGGAAAACUUGUGCUGUUUAAAAAGCAGAUUUUACCCUUUGCCUUUGCAUGACUGAUUGCUGUAACUCACCGUUAUGAUGCUUUCAGUCAGGUGCAGAUUGUGUCCACUGAAAAAGUAAAUUUUUGCUUUUUAUAUUGCAUCAAACUUGGAACAUCAAGGCAUCCAAAAUGUUAAGGAUCAUAUCAUCACAUAAAUAAUUCUUAUUUCUAGGCUAUGAAGAAAAAUUACUUGUCUGGUAAGCAUUUUUACAAACCCACUUAUUUUAUAUUUAGAAAAAUUCUAAACGUGUGGUGCCUGCUUUGUAGUGAACUUUCAUAUAUCAACUCGUCAUGAGAUAACAUUCUGGUAGUUCUGUUAAUAAAAUUUCAGAAUUAAAGAAAUUUUCUAUGCAAGGUUUAUUUCUCAGAUGAAUAGCAAGAUUUGUAGUUUUCUUUCCACUAAGUGAAAAAGAACUGUGUUUUUAAACUGUAGGAGAAUUUGAUAAAUCAGCAAGGUUAUUUUAGCUAAUAGAAUAUAAAAUCAACAGAAGAAUCUGAUUAAUCUAUUGAAGGCUCUUUUGAAAUUCUAUCAAAAUAAUCCUUAUCCAGAGAAAUGCAGGAAGGGUCAGCAAUGGAGUAAAAGUGGAGAUGGGCAUUUUUUUUCCCAGUAAUUAUCCUGUUUUUAUUACUUUUGUAAAUAUCACUUUUACUGGCUGUGUUUUUGUAACUCACCCAUAUGCAUGAUGGAAACUACUUAAUUUGUAGCCGUCUUUUCCCAUGUAGUGGUAUUGAUUCAUAGAGAGCUUCAUGUUCAGAUCUGUUCUGUGGAAGCAUGUAAUAAGAUAAGUAUCACAUUAUAAGGUUUUUUGUGGUAACCAUAAUUACAGUGGCAGAAUGUUUCCUCUGUAUUCAUUGUUGUGUUUCUCUUCAGUGAGAUGUGAUCUUGCCAAAGCCACCAGAUCUUGGUAUCCAGGCCCUUCCUAUCAGUGAGUCCUAUUGUCCACCUUUGCAUUGCCCGAUAACCAAUAGACUACAGCUUUUGUCCCACACCCUUAUUUUCAGAUUCUGGAUCAUUCUUGUUUACAGCUGAAAUAUAUAUAACCUGAGUCCAAAGUAGUGAUUAAUUUGGGUUAUUUGAAAAUCAUUGUUGCUAAAUGAAGCAUGAUUAGUCUUGCUGUGACGUAUCUUUUACUCUUAAAAAAAGUCAACUCAAAAAUGUUUGACAUUUUGUCUUGUAAUGUUUAUAUAAUUUAACAAUAAAAACUGCAAAUUUUAUUAGGCAUGAAAUUGAUCAGAAAGGAAGGAAAAAUUCUGGAAAAUGCUGGAUGUGUUGUUAUAUAGAAAAGCAUAUUUAAACUAGUUGUCCUCAACUCUGACUACAGAUAAGAAUCACUUGGGGAACCUCUGGUGCCCAACACCUUCCUCUUGUUUAGAUGAGAAUUGGUACUUAUUUAAAAAAAAAAGUUUUCCAGAUUAUUCUAUUUUGCAGCCAGGCUGCAGGCUUUUUUAAACUAACUUGCCCUGAUGAUGAUCUGAUGGCAUCAUAUUAUAUCAUGUGAAAAUCAGUGUUAUGCUUUUAUAUCAUUACCUGAUACACAGUUGGAAUUCUGGACCCCACUCCUAAAGAUUCUUCUCGAAAGUAAGUCAAAGGUGAUGGUAGGACUUAAAAAUCUGUAGUUAUAAAAAUACCACAGGUGAUUCUUAUGCAAGUAUCUAAGAAUCACACUUUAAAAAAUAUUCUAGGCUCCAGAGAGGCUGGCUUUGCCAAAUGCUAGUUUUUGACCUUUAACAAGUCAACCUCUCUGAGCCUCAGUUCCCUUGUUUGUAAAUGAAGAUAGAAGAUAAAUACCUACCUCACAAAGUUGUCAAAUAGGGAUCAAAUGGAAAAUCAUUUGAAAGCUCUUUGAAAACUGUAAAGUGUUAUGAAAUAUAAGGGAUUAAGAUUUUUGACGAUUUAAGAGAUUUGUUUGAGGGCUACCAUGGUACAUUCCUUGACAUGUGUUUAAUUCAUGUGUACUUUUUUCUCUCCUUCUUUAAAACAAAAAGUACCAAGAAAUUAGGUAUUGAAAAAGAAGCUUUCAUCAGACACAAGAGUCAGUUUUCUGAUAAUAAUAAUUUGUUUGCGUAUCAUGUUUUUUCUUUCAAGGGACAUAUUUCUUAAUAUUUAUUAUUAAUUCUUCAUGAGAUAUAUUUGACCAUUUGGCUGAAAUGUCUUACUUUUCCUCUAUCUUCAUUGUCUUUCCCCUUUGAACUGGAGUUAGAACUCAAGACAAGGAGUCUGAAUUCUCUCAUAUCUGACAGUUAGUAAACUUUUUUCUCUGAAGGCCAAACUUUAACAACUCAUUUAUAAUAAGUCGGUAAUUCAUGAGGCUUUUGUCGGAGAAUUCACCCUGAGAACAGCAUAAGAGACCAAAACAAACAUUCAGACACAAAAAUAAGAAGUUAGUAUAGAAGGUACCAGUUUGAGCUCAAAGAUGUUGUCAUCCGUCACCAUCUGUAUUACAUUAUCAAUUGCCAAAAUGUUAAUUGGUUUUCUUGUACAAGUGGGCUGUAUAACUGUAUAGACAGUCAAGUGAACAUCGUUAUGAAAAUCUUUGUGCUUCCUGAUUUUUAUAUAUUCAUUUGUAUCUUCCCUAUUAAACUGUUGGUAUAUUUGUAAAUGCUAUUUGGCCUUUCAGUUACUUUCAGUACCUUAGUUUUGCUCCACAAAAUUUACUUAAUAUUAGUAUUGUUAAUCCAUUGUUUUAAAUAACAGUUUAGAAGUAAAUAAGUAUUUAGUUUUGGCCACGUUAUUUAUCAAACUAAGUACUCCGAAUUAAGAUUUUUUUUCAUUAAAGAGACAGUUGAAGAACUAUGGCAAAACAACAAUUUCAAGUCUCAACCAACUUAAACCAACUUGAGCAAGUCUGCUGAACAGCUUUCUUACCAUAUGUUUAACUUUUAUUUGUGUUGUGAUUGGCAUAUGAUAAUGUUUAGUAUUUUAUUUGUUCAGUUGUCAACUGAGAAAAUAGUAGUUCUCUCCAAAAUGUUAAUAUAAAACCAAAAGUUUUUUGAGAAGUACUCUGAUUUCAGCAAUACUGUACUGAAUUUUUUCAGUAAUUAAAGCAAAAGAUUCAAGACAAUAUUAAGCUCGAGACAAUAAUUAGAUUCAAAGAACAUUUGAUUAAUAACAACAGCUAGCAGAGGACAUAGUAGGUUUUCAGUAAAACCUAAAUGAGUCAAUGACUCAUGUCAUGCAACUCACUUUUACUCUAGUAGUGAGAGUCUCACUUCAAAGAAGUUUGGAGAAUCUAAAUUUAAACUAAGUGAAAUGAAGUCUCUGCUUUACCAGAAUAAUAUGUAGCAAGUAACAAUAAGUGAAUUGCACCAAGUAAAGCUAAUUUCUCCUAGAGUAACAGUCCAUAUUACUAUUUUAAUUAAAGAAAUAUAUAUACAAACUUCGUUAUAUUAAUUUUAAAAGGUGAACAGCAAUUCUUAGAAGUAUUUAGGUUCUUGGUGGUUUUAUGUGAAGCUAGAUCUUUGUGUACUAGUUGGGUGAAUAAAUAUUCAAGAAAACCAUUAUUAAUGAUGAUUUUCUUUUUCUAAAGCUGUUUCUUAGAGCAGACUUACAAAAAUUCUAAGAAUUUCUUCAAAUUAGAAAAUUUACUACAUUUUAACCUACCUCAUUAGUUUCUUUGUGAUAAUAAUAGCUGGAAAUAACUGAAGUUAUAACUAUAUUGGUUUAGGCUAUAUACCCAUGAAAUAAAAGGAACUACUUAAAAAUCUUUGAUAAAAUAGUGGAUCAUUGGCUAGAGCUUAGAAAAUAUUAAUAUACCAAAAUUUCAUUAUGAUUAUAUUUAUAUUGCUUUUGACAUGCCAAAGGUGUAUUUAUAUUUCAUCAUACUUGGAUGACUAACAUAGUCUAGUGUAAUGAAAAUUCUACUGAGCUUGGAAUUCAAAAGACCCAUAAUUAUGAUGUAAACUGGAUAGGUCAUUUAAUUUCUCUUAGUCUCAACUUCUUUGAUGUAAAAUAAGGUACUUUUAGGUCCUGAAACCUACCUCACUGACAUCAUGAGGAUCAAAUUAGAUAACAGGCAUUAUAGUGCUCUUUAACCUGUAAAUUGCCCUACUGAUAGUGUUCUUGUUAGAAUUUGGGGUUACAGAAAACAAGGAUAAUAGUCUUCAGUUGUAUUUAGCAAUAACAACAGAAUAGACAAUUAGAUCAGUGUUCAUUUGGUACAGUCUUUAAAUCAAUUCAAUUAACCCUUUAAAAUGAGGUUCUCUUUCAAGAGUAGCUAUGCCCUUAGAUUGUAUGGACUCUUUAGUGUAUGUUACAGCAGAGUAUGCUCUCAGAUUUUAUAUGGCUGAAUUUAUAGGUCACUUUCAACAGAACUUUAGGGAUCUCCAUCAUAUUUUUCCUUUGAUAAUGAAUGAUAUAAAUAUAUGAGCUUGGUUUCACUGAAAUUUAUAAGAAAAAUAUGAAGAGGAGGAUAGGCCCUGUUUUUUUUUCCUUUGAGGAUUUUCAUGUGCCUAAUUCUUUGCAAUUAAGAACAAGUUUUUAAAAGGUGAUUAUUUUAAAAGGUGACUAUUGUAACUUGUUGGUUUUUCAUUAUGGCAAAACUUUAAAUUUUAAGUCAUAACAUUAUCUUAAUUGUAUGCAUAUUUGUAUAUGUAAUUUUUUUAAACUGUGUAAAGUAAGGAUUUCUCCAUUCUUUUCCAUACAUAAAUACACAAAAGAGCAUUUUUAUAGAACCUAGAUUUACAAAGGAACUCAUGAUUCUUUUAAAUUUCUUUUAUGCCUUUUCACAACUGAUUAAAAUAAGAAAGUGUACGUUUAUUUCAGUUAUGUUUCCUAGUAGCUGUGUAAUUUUUUACAUUACUUUUGUAUCAUUUUUAUUUUAUAUGAAAAAGUUAUAUUGACAUCUCUCUAUAUUUUAAUUCUCUUCCCUUCUUUUUUGUUCUAAUUAUAUGAGUUUUGUGCAAGGAAUAGGAAGACUAAGCAGCCUUUACCUUCCAUCUGACUGUGAUUAGUCUCCUGGGUUUUUUUCUAAUGUAAAUCCUACACUUCUUUAAUAGUCAUAUUGAUACAGGAUUAUAAUUUUCUCUCAGGAUCCAACGUCUUCUGGAAAAGAAAAUGUUAAGGUCUACCCAGAACCAGCCAUCUUUGUAGACAUUCCUAUUUGGUUAAUUUAUAAAGAUUUCAUAUAAUAAAUUAAUAAGGAUGUCUCUUACUCCAUGGUCUCUAAUUAGAAAGUAAAAUUUUGUUGCCAUAAAGAUAAAAGAAAGUAAAGCUUCACUCAUAUUUUAGCCAAAUCCUAUACCAGUGCAACAUUACUUCCUAUAAAGAGAGAAUAGUUCAGUCUGUUUAAAUGCAUUGAAGGAUGAUUUCCUUCAGAGUUUUUUUUUUUUUUUCAGUAAUCACUUUUCUCAGGAAAUCUAUUAUGUCCUUUCUUGGACAUUUUCAUUUUCAUUUCAUUGUUCAUUUUUUUCUCAUUUUAUUGGCCAUUGUCACCAGUUUUCCCUAAUCAAGAGAAAUAAGCUUUUACCUUAUAGUAAUUCAGAUUUUGAAGAUUCAGUGUUCAUUAUUUCGAUAAUUAUCAUUCACUAGUAACAGUAUUUGUAAAAGUGAUAUUUUCAAGUUUGUUAUUUUAUCAUAUUUCCCAAAGUAGGGUGAACUACGUUAUUAUAAUUAUUAUUAUUAUAGACUUGGGGGUUUUGUCAUCAAGUCAGCUUGUUUGUAUUGCUAACUUGCAAGUAUUUCUUUAAUUCUGUUGACAUACUUAUUGACGUAAAAGAAAAAGUUUUAGAGUUUAAAUGAUUUCUGUUUUCUAAGUUGGCAGUUUUUUUACUGCUUAGUUAAUGCACUAUGUUAAUUUCUAAAUACCACAGAACUUUGUAUCAGAAGACCUGAUUUCUCAUCUUGCCUCUCUUUUCAAUGAGCUGUGUAACUCUGGAAUUUUAUUUCUUGGGGCCUCAGUUUUCUUAUCUGUAAGUGAAAGAAACAAGAUUAGGUUAGGUAGUGUCUCAAAUUUCACUUGUCUCUGAUUUGGUUAUCCCUUGACUAUUUUAUAAUCAUUAUUCUAGGUUUACUUUUGUUCUUGUUGUUCUUCCCAUGAACUAUAUUUACUAGAUCAGCCUGUACUGUUAGUGCAACUUAUACUUAAAUUGAUAGGAUUCAGACAUGUUGCUAGUUUUGUUUUCCAUUCGUGAUUUUAAGUACUUUUAAAGGAGUAAAAUUAUAUUACAGAUAAUAAAACCAAGGUUACAAAUAAUUGACAUGACUUUUUUUCUCCGAAGGGAAAAGUCUCCUAAAGAACCAAUAUAAGCACCGUAAAACUGAUAUACAGGGAAAAAUGGCAUGUAAAAUUUUGUGAUCUAUGGUCUCUUAAAUAUGAAUUUAGCCAUUUAGCUAUGUAGAAAAAUUAUUCAAGUUAAAAUUAGCAAAGAAGCAGUGAUAGCACUGGCCCAUAUAGCUAUUAGGUUUUACCAACAUUAAAAUAAUUAUAAAAUGUAAAAGGAAUUUAAGAGGAGUGGAUUGAAAUUUUUCUGAUCAGGAAUUAUUCUUAUUCUUAGGCUGUAUAUAGUUGCCAGAUUGCCAGAUUGCCAUGGGCAAGUGAGUGUCCUGCUUUAAAGUAUUGUUAGAGAUAAAUGUGAUUUGUUAUUUUUAAUUUUUUUUUUCUGGCUCUGCAGAAGAUGUUUCUGUAAAGCCUCCCUCUGUGAUAAAAUGUAGAGAUUCCAUUAGUUCCCUCUCUCAGCAGAGUUAUCUUGUAGAUUUAAUUGUGUCCUCUGAGAAUCAGGCCAAGAAGCUUCCUGUUACUUUUAAAGAUCAUUGUCUUUGUUCUUGUCUGCAUUAGCUCAUAUCAAUCUCUUGAACACUUUGGUCUAUAUAUUUACAAUCUAGGUAUUGGGUCUGGUGUCUGAUGGGUAGGGAAGACUAAAGGAAAGCUGAUACAGGAAGCCAUACUGGUUUCUGGUGUGAUUUCUUCAGCUCUACUUGAUUCCUUGUCUUUGGUCAGUUCACUGGAUCAGGCAACUUUCCUGACUUCCAGAAAUUAAAUUAGAUGCCCAGCUUCUCUCACUCAGACAUGCCUGUAUUACAGUGUUAUUUUGAUUGCCUGUUAAAAAAAACAACAGCAACAACUUUAUUUUCAGUUCUUUGGCUU